CUGAAGGGAACCUGGAGCGGUUCGGGCGCGGGCCUGUUGCUGCGCGCCUUCUUCUCAGGGCGGCUGGGGUAGACGAGCCCUAGCAGCUCGCUGCUAAGGCCUGGUCGGUGUGUUAAAGCUGCGGCUUCUCGGGUUCCUCCUCAAAGCCUCCAGCCCGCCCCCUCGGCACGGCCAGAGCAGCGUGAACUAGCUUGCUCUCCCCAGUCUUCAGUCCCUUUAUAGUCAUACCCUCUCAAGCCCCGCUUGGAAAGGGUCCAGUUAGAAACCUCCCUUCCCUGCUCCCCAGAAGAGCCCUAGAGGGCCAGUGUUUCCAGGGUGGAGGGCGCUGCGAGGAGGCCAGGCGCGCUUCCGUGCACGUGAAUGCCCAGCAGCGUCUGCCAGACCCGCAACCCUCGACCCUCCAGUCUCCAUGUCUUAGACAAGCCAAAUUCGAGAGUUAUAUAAUUUCUAGUGCUGCUGUUUUCUCUUGCCCGAGGAAAACACUUCAUCGCGUGGAGGGUGCAGGACAUUUCGGUGCUCUUCUGUAUAAGAUCGGGGUGUGGGCAGGGGUGGCCAGCGGUGGCAGAGAAAUGUCUUUUCUGCAAAAGGAAGAUACUGACCGAGCUUUGUCAUUACUGGAAGACUAUUGCAAAAAAUUAAGAAAACCUGAGGAGCAGCUGUUGAAAAAUGCUGUUAAAAAGGUGAUGAGUAUUUUCAAGAGCAGCUUAUUUCAAGCCUUGUUGGAUAUUCAAGAAUUUUAUGAGGUGACGUUAUUAAACUCUCAAAAAAGUUGUGAGCAGAAGAUAGAAGAAGCAAAUCAGGUUGCACAAAAGUGGGAGAAGACGCUCAUUCUUGACCCAUGCCGUGAUGGUCUUCAAAAGUCCUCAGAGCUUACAGGUUGCAGUGGACCAAAGGAAAAUGCUUCAUACAUUGAGCAAAAUAAAGAAAACCAGUAUUUUGAGAAUGAAGCUGGAGAAACAACAUGUCAAAACCAAGGAAAAUGCCCAGCCCAGAACUGUUCAGUGGAAGCCCCUGCAUGGAUGCCUGUCCACCACUGUUCUAAGUAUCGAUACCAAGAUGAGGACGGUCCACAUGAUCAUUCCUUGCCUCGGCUAACUCAUGAAGUAAGAGGUCCAGAACUGGUGCAUGUGUCUGAAAAGAACCUCUCUCAAAUAGAAAAUGUCCACGGAUAUGUCCUACAGUCUCACAUCUCUCCUCUGAAGGCUAGCCCUGCACCUAUAAUUGUCAACACAGACACUUUGGACACUAUUCCUUAUGUCAAUGGAACAGAAAUUGAAUAUGAGUUUGAAGAAAUUACAUUGGAGAGGGGAAAUUCAGGCCUGGGGUUCAGUAUUGCUGGAGGGACAGAUAAUCCUCACAUUGGAGAUGACCCUGGCAUAUUUAUUACGAAGAUUAUUCCAGGAGGUGCUGCGGCAGAGGACGGCAGACUCAGGGUCAAUGACUGUAUCUUGCGGGUGAACGAGGUUGAUGUGUCCGAGGUUUCCCACAGUAAAGCAGUCGAAGCCCUCAAAGAAGCAGGGUCUAUUGUGCGGCUCUAUGUGCGUCGAAGGCGACCCAUCUUGGAGACUGUCGUGGAGAUCAAGCUUUUCAAAGGGCCAAAAGGUUUAGGCUUCAGUAUUGCUGGAGGGGUGGGGAACCAGCACAUUCCAGGAGACAACAGCAUUUAUGUAACGAAAAUUAUAGAUGGCGGAGCUGCACAGAAAGAUGGAAGGUUGCAAGUAGGAGACAGGCUACUAAUGGUAAAUAACUAUAGUUUAGAAGAAGUUACACAUGAAGAGGCUGUAGCGAUAUUGAAGAACACAUCUGAUGUUGUCUAUCUAAAAGUUGGCAAGCCCACCACCAUUUAUAUGACUGAUCCUUAUGGCCCACCUGAUAUUACUCACUCUUAUUCUCCACCAAUGGAAAAUCAUCUACUGUCUGGUAACAAUGGCACAUUAGAAUACAAAACGUCCCUGCCACCCAUCUCUCCAGGAAGGUAUUCACCAAUUCCCAAGCACAUGCUGGUUGAAGAUGACUACACCAGGCCUCCGGAACCUGUUUACAGCACUGUGAACAAACUCUGUGAUAAGCCUGCCUCUCCCAGGCACUAUUCCCCAGUGGAGUGUGACAAAAGCUUCCUCCUCUCAGCUCCCUACCCCCACUACCACCUAGGCCUGCUCCCCGACUCUGACAUGACCAGUCAUUCCCAGCACAGCACUGCAACGCGUCAGCCUUCAGUGACUCUCCAACGGGCCAUCUCCCUGGAAGGGGAACCCCGCAAGGUGGUCCUUCACAAAGGCUCCACUGGCCUGGGCUUCAACAUUGUGGGCGGGGAAGAUGGAGAAGGUAUUUUUGUGUCCUUCAUUCUGGCUGGUGGACCAGCAGACCUGAGUGGGGAGCUCCAGAGAGGAGACCAGAUCUUGUCGGUGAAUGGCAUUGAUCUCCGAGGAGCGUCUCACGAGCAGGCAGCUGCAGCACUGAAGGGGGCUGGGCAGACGGUCACAAUCAUAGCACAAUAUCAACCAGAAGAUUACGCUCGAUUUGAGGCCAAAAUCCAUGACCUACGAGAGCAGAUGAUGAACCACAGCAUGAGCUCCGGGUCCGGAUCCCUGCGAACCAAUCAGAAGCGCUCCCUGUAUGUCAGAGCCAUGUUUGACUAUGACAAGGGCAAAGACAGUGGGCUGCCUAGCCAAGGACUUAGUUUUAAAUAUGGAGACAUCCUCCACGUCAUCAACGCCUCUGAUGAUGAGUGGUGGCAAGCCAGAAGGGUCACACUAGACGGAGACAGUGAAGAGAUGGGCGUCAUUCCCAGCAAGCGGAGGGUGGAAAGGAAAGAGCGUGCCCGAUUGAAGACAGUGAAGUUCAAUGCAAAACCUGGCGUGAUUGAUUCAAAAGGGUCAUUCAAUGACAGGCGUAAAAAGAGCUUCAUCUUUUCACGAAAAUUCCCAUUCUACAAGAGCAAGGAGCAGAGUGAGCAGGAAACCAGUGAUCCUGAACAACACGUCUCUUCUAAUGCCAGCGAUAGCGAAAGUAGCUGCCGAGGACAAGAAGACCUCAUUCUUUCCUACGAGCCUGUCUCGAGGCAGGAAAUAAACUACACCCGACCAGUGAUUAUCUUGGGCCCCAUGAAGGAUCGAAUCAAUGACGACUUGAUAUCUGAAUUUCCUGAUAAAUUUGGCUCCUGUGUGCCUCAUACUACGAGGCCAAAGCGUGACUAUGAAGUCGACGGCAGAGACUAUCACUUCGUCAUUUCUAGAGAACAAAUGGAGAAAGAUAUCCAAGAGCACAAAUUUAUAGAAGCUGGCCAGUACAAUGACAAUUUAUAUGGAACCAGUGUGCAGUCUGUGAGAUUUGUAGCAGAAAGGGGCAAACACUGUAUACUUGAUGUAUCAGGAAAUGCUAUUAAGCGGUUACAAGUCGCCCAGCUCUAUCCCAUUGCCAUCUUCAUAAAGCCCAAGUCUCUGGAGCCUCUGAUGGAGAUGAAUAAGCGUCUAACGGAGGAACAAGCUAAGAAAACCUAUGAUCGGGCAAUUAAGCUAGAACAAGAAUUUGGAGAAUAUUUUACAGCUAUUGUCCAAGGAGACACCUUAGAAGAUAUUUACAACCAAUGCAAGCUUGUUAUCGAAGAGCAGUCUGGACCUUUCAUCUGGAUUCCCUCAAAGGAAAAGUUAUAAAUUAGCUACUGCACCUUUGACAACGGCAGAAGAGCAUUUAGAUGAACAAAAUAUAUAUAAUAUAAUACUUGGAGGCUUUUAUGUUUUUGUUGCAUUUAUGUUUUUGCAGUCAAUGUGAAUCCUUAUGAAUGUACAACACAAACUGUGUGAAGCCAUGAAGGAAACAGAGGGGCCAAAGGGUGGGACGGAAAAGACAUCGCAGUAUGCAGGAAGGCUUUGGUUUGCUCAAAGUACCAGGUGUCGGGAUGAACCUCUGAUGGGCUCUCUGCCCUAGAGACAGGCAGCCUUCUCACCCCAGCAGAUGUCCAGAGCUGAUUUAGCUGCUGAGCUCUCUGUGGUUUUUGCUUUAAGAAAAGUUGCCAGCACUCAAACCUCAGCAACCUUCCCCUUCCCCACCUCUGUAAUUGAUACAUUCGAAUUGUAUAACUAUGCACAUCCUUUGAUUUCUUAACAAGCAAAGGAAAUAAGGAAAACAGAAGAGUCCCUUUGGAGACAACAUGAUCAGGGGAGGAUGAUUGCUUAGUUUCCAUGGCUGGCGUGUGCAAAGACAAGCGGGUCGUAAAAUUGACAAGUGUGUGGAGGACUAACCUUACUGAGGAGGGCAUUCCAUCUGGCCUAGCUUUAUGAUUGUCACUGUCUAUUUUGCCAUUUAUAAGAUGAAAGAAGGCACUAAAGAUGAGAAUAAUUUAUACAAUAAAAUAUAUUAAAUGUAUAGAAAUGAAUUUCUAUAGGUUAAAAAGUUUUGUGAAAUAUUUUGUAAAGACUAAAAAAAAAAAAAACAUUGAAAGACUAAAUGUAUGCACUCUCAGCAGAUGAUCAAAUUCAAGAAUUUGAGGCUGCACUCGCCCUUUUGUUGCCAAUUAUCCAUUCAGAGCAUCUGAGUUUCCUCCAGGUCUGAUGAAGACUUCCUCUCACUUACCUCCCCCAUCACCCACGCACACUAGCACACUAGUGAUACACUCUUAUGGAACACACUCCUUAAUAAGUUGCCCUCAUGGAUACUUUUGGGAGAGAUUUUUGUUAUAGUUCUUUUUUUAAGUUGAUGGCUUUUCAGAGACAAAUUCAUGCAAAUAAUCAAAAGGGAACGAUUGCUUUCCUCUAGUUAAAUAGCCUGAGCCAAACACACAAGACAGUCAGACAGACAGCUCCUAGUUACUUGCAUACAGUUCAAGAACCAUUCAGUAUUCUGGCAAACCAUAAGUCAUUAGGAUUAUCUUUUCUUUGUUUCACAGAGCAAUUGUUUUGUAAAAGCCUGAGUUGGCAUUACAGGGGGAGAUCUGUCCUAAGAUGCACUAUUUCUCUGUAGAAGAGAAAAAAGAGAAGUUAUCUGGUUGGGAGUGGUGAGGGAUGCACUUUUUUUUUUGUUUGUUUGUUUCAGAACAUAGGGCAAAGAGCACCACAAGAAAAGGAUGAUUUGUGACUUUGAGCUCAACCAUUUGAAUUGCCUUCCUUAGGGCUGCACCUGGACCAAGUUUAUUUUUCUAACAACUAUACUAAUGAUGAUUUUAAAAAAGAAA